ACAUCCCCGCUUACAACAACUACCCCUCUAACAACUACAUCCCCGCUUCUAACAACUACAGCACCUCUAACAUCAACUACCCCUCUGACAACAACAUCUCUAACAACCACCCAUCUUACAACAACUACCCCUCUUACAACCACGCCUCUUACCUCAACUACCCCUCUUCAUCUAUCAACAACAUCCACUCUUAAAACUACCCCUCUUACAACAACUACCCCUCUUACAACCAGCCCUCUUGCAACAACUACCCCUCUAAUAACUACAACACCUCUCACAUCAACUACCCCUCUAUCAACAACAACCCCUCUUACAACCACCCCUCUUACAUCAACUACCCCUCUUACAACCACCCCUCUUACAACGACUACCCCUCUAACAACUACAUCCCUGCUUACAACAACUACACCUCUAACAACUACCACCCCGCUUACAACAACUACACCUCUUACAACAACUGCCCCUCUUACAACAACCACCCCUCAUGCAACAACUGCCCCUCCCCCGCUUAAAACAACUACACCUCUCAUAUCAACUACCCCUCUAUCAACAACAUCCACUCUUACAACGACCCCUCUUACAACAACUACCCCUCUUACAACCACCCCUCUUGCAACAACUGCACCUCUAACAUCAACAACCCCUCUAUCAACAACUACCCCUCUUACAACCACUACCCCUCUUACAACCACCCCUCUUGCAACAACUACCCCUCUAACAACUACAACACCUCUCACAUCAACUACCCCUCUAUCAACAACAACCCCUCUUACAACUACUACCUCUCUUACAACCACCCCUCUUGCAACAACUACCCCUCUAACAACUACAACACCUCUCACAUCAACUACCCCUCUAUCAACAACAACCCCUCUUACAACUACUACCUCUCUUACAACCACCCCUCUUGCAACAACUUCCACUCUUACAACUACACCUCUAACAACUACAACAACUACCCCUCUUACAACCACCCCUCUUGCAACAACUACCACUACCCCUCUGACAACAACAACUCUAACAACCACCCCUCUUACAACAACUACCCCUCUUACAACCACGCCUCUUACAACUACAGCACCUCUAACAUCAACUACCCCUCUGACAACAACCACUCUUGCAACAACUACCUCUCUAACAACUACAUCCCAGCUUACAACAACCCCUCUUACAUCAACUAGCCCUCUUACAACCACCCUGCUUACAACAACUACACCUCUAACAACUGCCCAUUUCUCAUCAACCACCCCUCCAGCUAGUGCACCUAUUACCCCUCUAACAACUACAACACCUCUCACAUCAACUACCCCUCUACAGCUUACAACAACUACACCUCUAACAACUACAACCAAGCUUACAACAACUGGCGGCAGAAAUCCUUGCACCGGCCCUGAUCUCAAGGGAUUAGUUUUGUGUCGCUACGAGCUUCAGCCCAGCUGGCCAACCUCCUGUUUCUGCCCACCGUCGAGUCGACCAGUCUACGGAGAAGCACACUAUCCACCUUACCCUGUGCCUUUCUGGUACAAGAGACACAUCGAGAAGAGGGAACGAGAUAGCAAGGAGGACCUAGUAAACCAGUGGUUUGAGGAAGAGUUUGAGUGGUCCACCCCUCAUGCGGGUAUGUCGUCUGACACCAUCACCUGCACAGGCUAUGAAAAUACUGAAUCAUCUUACAAGCAAGAUUUUCACCUGAAUUUCGAGAACAUCAACUGCCAAAUGCAGAUGAAAGCUGAAAGACCUCACAUAAUGUAUGCGUCUGAGAUUUAA